AGGCAAGCGAGACGGAGGAGAGAAGAGGCAGGCUACAUAUUGAAGGAUCUGCCAUCCGGAGAGCGAAUACUCUACCUGCAAGAAGUGCCGCGGGUCAAAGCCAGCCACUGCAGAGCGUGGGAUUGCGCGGUUACGAGAAUCACUCGCUCACCGAUUAUCCGUUCCCAUUAUCGCUUUGCGCUGAAGGGUAGCCAGAAUAUGUAUUAUGGAGGGGGUAUUUACUACCACAUUACCUGUAUGGAGCGCCUCAUCCCCAAUCUUGCUGAGCUCGUCGUAAACGGGCAUCUAAAACCAGACGGCUGGGUUUCUGCGCCUCUAGGUUGCUCUAUCUCCAUCGAAUCCUCCACCCAGGCUAUAACAGACUGGUUCGAACGUGGCGGACGCACGUUUGAUAUACAGUGUUACGAGAGGUUCAAGGCGGACCACGAGAAAUGGACCGGUGAAAUCAGUUUUCAUAGUAUCGAGCAUCAGCUAGGGCAUAAAGACGGGAGACCUCAAGUUGACUGCUACUACUGUGAGGGAGGGCCGGCCGAGCCCAGGGAGCCCGUGAGGAGUGAUUAUUUCCCUACCAAGCCGGCGGCUAUCUCGCUAAGUCGGUUAUUGGCGGUUGUCAGCAACGAGCCGCAUAUCAAUGCAUGGUGG